CGAGUACCAAUACUUUAAUGCCUAUUUAGUACCUACUAGGUAGUAUCUUCUUAACUUCUUAUCCAAUUAAUAAUUCAUUACAUCAUCAACCAAGUUCCUGCCGAGCUAGGCUACAGUUGCUAGGUACCUUUCUCCCGUCAGUCGCUGCACAUGCACUUCCAAAAUGAAAGUGUCGUGUUGUCGUGUCUAAAACAUUCACAGAAGAACGCACUAGGCCAAACAAAGUAUCAUAUUUGACUACUACGUGAUAACAUCAAUCAGAACAUCAGCUGCCUUCGCCUUGCAGCACUCACCUCAUCUCAUACUACAAACAAUCUGCAACAUUUCUCGACUUAUCAAAUGUUUACUUAUUUAUAAUACUUUUACUUCAACUACACUUCUUCCAUCAGCUCUAUACUUCCACUACAGCAUCCGUCAAUAAUCCUAAUCAAUUUCCCCUCAGCUCACCGUCCCCGCCAUUCUCUCCCAUAGCGCUCUACAAGUCUUAUGUGCAUCCGAUACGACUUGAAUACGAAUCAUAGUCGCAUUCAACCAUGACGGCGGCUGAUAUAGGUCGUUACAAACGCUUCGUCCAGUAUUUCUGGGACCCCGAGCCUACAAACGACACUGCCUCGCAGUCACCUAUUUGGUGUUUAGGAAAAGAAUACCCUAUUCUGGAAAAGUCGCCCACUUCAGUUAUUACAGACUCCCCUCCCCAGGAAGGACAACAUCUACCCGCACAGUCUUUACCUACCAAUGUUACAACUCCACCUGAUAGUACCGUUGGCAGUCUUGAAUCAAGUUCAGGCUAUCAAACUUGCGACGCAGCCAAUGCAGAUGGAGGAUGGCCAUCCGCAUUCCUUGAUGAUUUUGAAGCCAAGAUAUGGCUUACAUACCGAUCAAGCUUUCCAGCGAUAGCUAAGUCGCAGGAUCCAAAAGCCUUUUCUGCAAUGUCACUAUCAGUACGAUUGAGGAGCCAACUUGUCGACCAAGGAGGCUUUACAUCUGACACGGGGUGGGGUUGUAUGAUAAGGUCUGGACAAAGCCUUUUGGCAAAUGCAUUGCUUACUCUGAGAAUGGGCAGAGAAUGGCGCCGCGGGAUAUCUAGCCACGAAGAACGUAAAAUCCUAUCUUUAUUCGCAGAUGACCCGAGAGCUCCUUACUCUAUUCACAAAUUUGUCGAGCACGGUGCAAGUGCUUGUGGGAAACAUCCUGGAGAGUGGUUCGGACCAUCUGCUACUGCGCGCUGUAUCCAGGCUUUGUCCAAUAACCAAGCCAAAUCAGAACUGCGUGUAUACAUCACGGGUGAUGGAUCGGACGUAUACGAAGACACCUUUAUGAGUAUCGCAAAGCCAAACCACUCAGACUUCACCCCGACUCUCAUUCUAGUCGGUACGAGGCUGGGCCUUGACAAGAUAACUCCUGUCUACUGGGAGGCACUGAAGUACUCCUUACAGAUGCCACAAUCUGUGGGGAUAGCUGGGGGUCGCCCAUCCUCCUCGCACUACUUCAUUGGUGUGCAAGAGUCAGAUUUCUUCUAUCUGGAUCCUCAUCAAACACGACCAGCACUUCCGUACAGAGAUAAUAUGGAUGACUAUACUACAGAGGAUGUUGACUCGUGCCACACUCGUCGACUUCGAAGACUCCACAUAAAGGAGAUGGAUCCCAGCAUGCUUAUUGCAUUCUUGAUACGUGACGAGAACGAUUGGAAUGAGUGGCGACGGGCCGUUAAGGAAGUACAGGGUAAGGGAGUUAUCCACGUUGCAGACACGGACCCGGCAUCGUAUGGCUUAGGCGGAGAGCGAGAUGGAGCUAUUGACGAGGUUGAAACAUUCGACGACGACGAUGACGAUACCAUAUUAGACGCUCAAGGCGCUGGGAAAUGAUCCACCAAAGGAAUUCAGGUAUUUAGGGCGUUCGGGGUAGGUGAUUUUUAUAGAGAUUAGUCUUAAUCCUUUCUUAUCGCAAAUUACAACUUUGAUUGGUUUUAAU